GGAAGCGCUUUUCUCGGCAGCGGGCUCGGAGCCUUCCUUCUGCAGCGGGGUCUCUCCUCCCUCCCUCCCUCCGUCCCUCCCUCUGGCAGGAGGUGGGAAAGGGGACCUGGCUCCUCCGGUUUGGUGCUCGCCCCUGCAGGCCCCGCGUUCCCGGAGCCCGUCAGGGCUGGCACGGGCUCGGCUUGGCUCUCUCCUGUGUCCAAACAGGCUCCUGGCUCUCCUGCUCGCAGAAGAAAGCCUCUUACAACUUUUUAAAGCCCCGGAGAAGCAGGAGGCGCGUCGGAAAACGGGCGAUCCUGGGAUUUAUUAUUUUUUACAAUCUCAUCAUUUUGGGCCUGACUCACGGCUUUUGAAUGUUUGGGAUGGGCAGCCAAGGGGGAAAGGCCCGCGGCUGCUCCCGGCCCCAGCACGGCGGGAGGGCUGCCCGGAACGGCAUGGCAGCCCCCGUGCUGCUGCUGCUCCUCGCCAGGCUGGUGGCAUCCACGUGGCACGAAGGCUCUGGCUACUACCUGGAGAGUCACACCAACGAAGUGUACGCAGAAGAACCCCCGCCUGAGCCCGCCCUGGAUUACCGCCGAGUGCCCCAGUGGUGCGCCACGCUCAGCAUCCACCGCGGAGAGGCCACCUGCUACUCGCCGCGGGGCAGCUCGUACCGCAGCAGCCUGGGGACACGCUGCGAGCUGAGCUGCGCCCGCGGCUACCGCCUGCUGGGUCCCAGCGCCGUGCGGUGCCUGCCCAGCCGCCACUGGUCGGGGAUGGCGUACUGCCGACAAAUCCGGUGCCACGUGCUGCCCGCGGUGCUGCGGGGCUCCUACGUGUGCUCCGCAGGCGUGCAGAUGGAUUCCCGCUGCGACUACACCUGCCAGCCCGGCUACCAGCUGGAGGGCGACCGGAGCCGCAUCUGCAUGGAGGAUGGGCGCUGGAGCGGCAGCGAGCCAGUCUGUGUAGAUCUGGAGCCUCCCAAGAUCCGCUGUCCAGACUCCCGGGAGCGCAUAGCAGAGCCGGGCAAGCUGACAGCCACCGUGUACUGGGACCCUCCCCGCGUGAGGGACUCUGCUGACGGAGUCAUCAAGAGGGUGAUGCUGCGGGGCCCGGAGCCCGGCUCGGAGUUCCCCGAAGGAGAGCAUGUGAUCCGCUACACCGCCCACGACCAGGCUUACAACCGCGCCAGCUGCAAGUUCAGCAUCCGCGUCCGCGUGAGGCGCUGCCCUGUCCUCAAGCCCCCGCAGAACGGGUACAUCUCCUGCACCUCCGACGGCAACAACUACGGCGCCACCUGCGAGUACCUGUGCGACGGGGGCUACGAGCGGCAGGGCACCUCGCUGCGGGUGUGCCAGUCCAGCCAGCACUGGACGGGCUCCCAGCCCCUCUGUGCUCCCAUGCAGAUCAACACGGACGUGAGCUCGGCCGCCAGCCUGCUGGAUCAGUUCCACGAGAAGCGCCGCCUCUUGGUCAUCUCGGCCCCCGACCCCUCGAACCGCUACUACAAGAUGCAGAUCUCCAUGCUGCAGCAAGCUGCCUGCGGGCUGGACCUGCGGCACGUCACCACCGUGGAGCUGCUGGGGCAGCCCCCGCACGAGCUGGGGCGCAUCCGGGAGCACCGGCUGUCCCUGGGCAUCAUCGAGGAGCUCAGGCGCUACCUGCACCUCACACGCUCGCACUUCAACGCGGUGCUGCUGGACAAGGCGGGCACGGACCGCGAGCGCUACAUCGCCCCGGUCAGCCCCGACGAGCUGUUCGUCUUCAUCGACACCUACCUGCUGAGCGAGCGAGAGGCGGCACGGCGGGCACAGAGCGGGGACCCCUGCGAGUGACCCGCCCUGCCCUCCGGGCACGACACCGCCCUCUCUGCUUUCCUAGUCGGCCGCUGUAGAGCAGGAGCAGGGUGCCAGGAGCUCCGGGGAAGGGGAGCCCUCCCUGGCUGCUCCGGCACACAGAACACGGGUGAGCAGGGGCUGUGUGCCAGCAGUGUGUGCCCAGAGCCAGGAGCUGUUUCCAGCUGGGGCAUGGCUCAGCCCAGCCAGGACCCUGGUGGGAGACACUGGAGGGCCCCUGCUCCAAUCCAGGGCAGGGGGGAACCAGAGGAGAGUGGCAGGGCAGGGAGGGCAGGCCGGCCAGCAGUGUGACAGCCUCGAGCACAGCAGCUUCAGCCUCCCCACAGCUCACCCUGUGCACGGCCUGGACCCAAUGCCUCCCACUCUGAAAGCCCUGAUUAAAAGCCAAUGGCCCCACGCUCAGCAGAGCCCAUAGCAGCAGCCAGCGUGCAGUCCACCCUAAAGGGCUUGCCAUCUCCCCUGGCACUCACUCCUCUGCCACCACCCACGGGGAACCCUUU